AUGGAGGAGCGUCUACGACAACAUAUGUCGGUAGCACCCUCCAUGGUGAGUAUUCCCGUGGACCCUAAUGCACCCCAAACGGUUCCUGUUGGCAAUGGCAAGAACCCCGAAAACGCUGGCCCAGUAGGAGGAAAUGCUGGUCCCGUAGGAGGAAAUGGAGGCAGGCAACCGGAGGAUGCCGGCCCGGUGCAGGGGAAUAGUGGCAGGAAACCGGUGGGAGCUGCCCCCGUCGGCGGGAAUGGUGGAAAUCAACCUCCCCAGAAUCCACCAAGAGGAAAUAUUGGGGGAGAUCCAGAACCCUUCGACGACGAUGACGACGAUAACAGCGAAUGGUCGCAUGGUCGGAAGAAUUGGAGAACGAACCGAGGCGAGAACCGGAAUUCGGCGCCGCCCGAAGACGAGGAUAUGGUAGAUUCGCUCGCCAAAAUACCCUUUGAGUUCGAUAAUGCUAGGAAACACAACCUGCGACAUUGGCUCAUGGAGUGCGAAAUCUACUUCGAGCAGAAGCCCAAGAAGUUCCGAACGGACAGGAACAAAGUACUGUUCGCUGGAACGUAUACGUGUGGGUUGGCGAAAGAAUGGUUUAUGGAGUACAUCGAGACCAAGAUGCUAGGUCCAGCAGCCGCAGCCUACGCUACUUGGACUCGAUUCCGUCAGGAGAUCAGAAAACGUUUCCUAAGCACUCAGGAAGCUAUGGAAAUGUGA